AGAAUAAGGAAAAGCAACCGGCAAUUUACCAACCGAGAGAGGAGAGUUCCACGCGUGAAUUGAUCGAGCUGUUGGGAUCGAGGAGGGACGAAGAUGAUCAUCGUGAGCAGCGUGUUGCUCCUGCUGGCGGUCGUGUCGAGAGUGGGAUGUCAACGAAACCCCAUUCCAAGAAGCGCCAGAGCGAGCAGGAACGAGGCGGCGUUGGAAUUCGAGUGCCCCGAGGAAUUCGGAUAUUACCCUCAUCCUCGUGAUUGCACGCAGUAUUACGUGUGCGUGUUUGGCGGAGCUCUGCUCGAGUCCUGCACGGGAGGAUUGAUGUACAGCCACGAGUUGCAGACGUGCGAUUGGCCGCGUAACGUAGGUUGCCCCGAAGGCGGAUCUCCCGUUAAGGAAGCCGAGGAAGAAGAUCCGCUGUUGGAAAGAUCGGCGAAGAUCGAGAGCCUUGAGGAGCAGCAACGGGCCCAGCAACAGAUCCGGGAGCCGCAACAGCAGAGGCGCGAACAGCAGGCUCAGCAGCGCACGGUUCAGAGGCAAUCGGCAACGACCACCCCGUCCCCCGUGGCGCAGAUCACCGAAAAGCAGAUUCGUCAGAGGCAACAGGCGAGGACCAACUAUCACGAGGACGAGUACGAGCCGGCCUCGGAAGUGGAGAGCGACAGGCAGCAACGAGUGUACAGGGGGCAACCGUCGACGAUCGGCCAGGUUCAAAGGGACAGGGAUGGUUUAAGAAGGAACGUGAUCUCGGAAAGGGAGAAGGAGAGCCUGGUGAGCACGCGCGCCCAAACGGAAGCCCAUUACAGGACGCCAUCCUCCGAGUCUCCAAGGGUGGCCAAGAUCCUGGCGUCCACCGCGGCGCCUGUCAUCUCUAAAUCGUACUACAAUGACCCGGACCAGAGUUAUCCUUACUACACAAUUUACGACGACGACGUGUCCAUUUAUAAGGACGAUGAUUACAACCAGUACACGGUGAAUCAAUCGGUGCCCGUCCAGCCGAGCGUCAAGAUCAGCGAGGUGAACGCGAAGCAGUAUCAAAAGCCGAAAAAGGUGGCGGUGAACGAGGCGGACAAGUACAAUUUGAACCAGGACGUGACGGUGCAGGACUACGAUAUCUACGAGAAUCAGGCUCAGCUCAACAAGAACAAGUUCCGCAUUACCGAAGGCCAGUCGUUCAGGCCGAACGUGAUCAGCCAUCCAGUUGUCCACGUGACUACUCCAAACGCCAUCGUAGACACGUUCAUCCCGUUGACCACGACCACGCAGCUUCCGACCACCACCAACAGGCCUUACACGGUCAACGCACCCAGCCGAGGUCGCCCGCAACAGGUCCAUCGUGGCACGGCACCACCACGAUCGCGGCCAACCUUGAAACCAUCGACCGAGAUCGUGUCGAAAGCGCAAGAGUUCGUCGACAUCUACAGGUAUCCUCCAUCGAGGCCGGCGCCGAUUUAUCCGACCCCUCAGGUCGACAAACCGGCGGCCAAGUGUCGCAAGGACGUUUGCCUUCUUCCUGAUUGCAGCUGCGGCGGUGCCGACAUUCCAGGUGGAAUCCCGGUCGAACAGACGCCGCAGAUCGUUCUUCUGACGUUCGACGACGCCGUGAACGACCUGAACAAACCAUUGUACACCGAUCUAUUCGAAAACGGCCGUAAAAAUCCGAACGGUUGUCCGAUCACGGCCACGUUCUACGUUUCGCACGAGUGGACCGAUUAUAGCCAGGUGCAAAACCUUUACGUGGACGGCCACGAAAUGGCAUCGCACACAAUCUCGCACAGUUUCGGCGAGCAGUUCUCUCAGCGAAAGUGGGCGCGAGAGGUUGCGGGACAACGUGAAAUCCUCUCGGCUUAUGGAGGCGUGAAGCUGGAAGACGUGAGAGGAAUGAGGGCCCCAUUCUUGUCGGUCGGGGGAAACAACAUGUUCAAAAUGUUGUGGGACACGAACUUCACGUACGACUCGUCGAUGCCGAUUUACGAGAACCGACCGCCCAGCUGGCCUUACACCUUGGACUACAAGCUGUUCCACGACUGCAUGAUACCUCCCUGCCCCACCAGGUCUUAUCCAGGCUUGUGGGAAGUUCCUAUGGUGAUGUGGCAGGAUCUGAACGGGGGUAGGUGCUCGAUGGGAGACGCGUGCAGCAACCCGCCCACGGCCGAUGGUGUUUACAAGAUGCUGAUCAAGAAUUUCGAGAGACAUUACACGACCAACAGAGCGCCGUUCGGAUUGUUCUAUCACGCGGCAUGGUUCACCCAGCCCCACCACAAAGAGGGUUUCAUUUCGUUCCUGGACACGAUAGUAGCGAUGGACGAUGUGUGGAUCGUGACGAAUUGGCAGGCGAUCCAAUGGGUGAGGAAUCCUACGCCUUUGCCCCUGUUGCACACGUUUGAACCGUUUGGAUGUAACUAUCCGGACCGGCCGAAGAAGUGCAACAAUCCGAAGGUGUGCAAUCUUUGGCACAAGAGCGGGGUGAGGUACAUGAAGACUUGCCAAACGUGUCCUGACAUCUAUCCGUGGACGGGCAAAACCGGGAUACGAAGCAGUCGCAUCGACAACGACGUCGAUGCGCACGAAUGAAGAGAGGGGAAAGAGGGAUCCGUGCGAUCGAGGUCCACCCAGCCGGAGUGAAGCGUAGCAGCGCCAACCGAGGAGGAGAUUCGUGAUAUUUUUCACAGCGACUCAUUCGAUUCAAAUCCCGCCCCUUAUUUCUCUUCACUUCGAGCCAAACGAAACGUAUAUCCAGCUCGAGUACGCCAACGAGAUCGAACGAAACUCGAAAGAAAGAAAGAAAAGCCAACCACGCCCAACCAACGCUGUUCCCCUUCUUUUCCGUAGGAAAGAAAUCGCGAAGGAACGAGAGCGCCACGCGAUGGAACAACCUAUAAACUUGCUUACGCGCAUGCACAGUAGGAAGAAACGCGUUCGUUCGUUCGUUCGUUCGUCUUUUUCUUUUUCUUUCUUCUUUUCUUUUCCUUUCCUUUCCUUCGAAACGAACACGCGUCCCGAUCGGUAAACGAGAAAGAAAAUUCCAGCAAAAUCUCCAGUGUGCUUGUCGUAUAUUAUAUUAAUAUACGCCGGAAGCCUUUUUCAAACUUCGUUGCGUAUCGAUAAAUCGAUUAAAAUUUCUUGUAGUUUUUCGUUAUUCGGCGACAAAAUAAAUAAAAGAUCGAACGGAACGUUUUGUAAAGAUUUUUUUUCUUUUUUCAAUCAAGAAAAACAGAUGUAUCGGACAUUAACGCAACAGAUUAAUUAACUGUAUUUGUACACGUUGACAAUGAUAUUUCUUGUCUUUUUUCUCUUUUUUCUAUUUCUAUCAAUGUGAUGCGAGAUUGACAGGAUUGUGCUAGUACAACUCGUGGAACUCGAGAAAUUGGUCGAUACUUUAUGCUCAAAUCGGACCAAUUAUUCGUGAUUAUCUUCUUCUUCCGCGUGCUCCUUUCUUUUCUAUUCUUCUUCCCCCCUUUUUUUUUCUUUUUUCUACUUUCUCUCCUCGAUCCCGUUCAGCUGGAAUCCUUGGCGUACUCGGCCGAUAGACGAAUUAAUUAAUUACAAAGUAAAUAUCGUGGAUGUAGAAACGUAAA